GAGAGAGCGAGAGAGAGAGAGAGAGAGACGUGCUUCCUACAAGGCUCAAUAAUGGAUGUCAGUCGCUGUGAGUGGAUCUGUAUCGCCCUGUUUUUCCUCCUCGGGUCUGUUGCCUGUGAUGGUGUGAACGGGAAGAAGGAACAGGAGUGUUAUAAUUACGCCAGUGGACACGUUUAUCCCGGAGAGGCUUUCCGCGUGCCCGUCUCUGAUCAUUCACUACACCUGAGCAAAGCCAAAAUCUCAAAACCAGCACCAAACUGGGAGGGAACGGCUGUCAUAAAUGGAGAGUUUAAGGAUCUGAAAUUGUCAGAUUACAAAGGAAAAUACCUGGUAUUCUUCUUCUAUCCUCUGGACUUCACGUUUGUGUGUCCCACUGAGAUCAUUGCCUUCAGCGACCGCUUCCAUGAGUUCCAGGCCAUUAACGCUGAAGUGGUUGCCUGCUCUGUGGACUCCCAGUUUACCCACCUGGCCUGGAUCAACACACCCAGAAAACAAGGAGGUCUUGGACCAAUGAAAAUCCCUCUACUUUCUGACCUCACACACCAGAUAUCCAAGGACUAUGGCGUCUUUCUGGAGGACCAAGGACACACACUCAGAGGUCUCUUCAUUAUUGAUGAUAAAGGUGUUCUCCGACAAAUCACAAUGAAUGACCUGCCUGUGGGCCGAUCUGUCGAUGAAACGCUCAGACUGGUGCAGGCUUUCCAGUACACGGACAAACAUGGAGAAGUGUGUCCAGCUGGAUGGAAGCCUGGCAGUGAUACAAUUAUUCCAGACCCCGCAGGCAAACUGAAGUAUUUUGAUAAACUCAACUGAGGUUAAUGUUUCAAGUGAGACUUUUGUCUUUGUGUGGUUGCUGUUGUCGAAAACACAAUAAAAGGAGAGUUUUGAUAAA